AUGGAACAGCAAACACCUGAAGUAAUUGAAGUACCUCCUCAAAGACAAAGAUCAAGAGACUUAACUGCACUAGAUUGCGUAAGAUUUUUAAUUAUACUUGAACUUUUAAUAAAAAUUGUAAUAGUUAUUACCACAGGAACUAUUCUGUUUUUGGAAUGGGAUAAGACAACAUCUGAUCAAAGCUUAAGAAUAUUUUUGUGUGUCUAUGUAGUACUAACAAUCACAAAAGGUUUUGUAUUUUAUUUCAAAAACAAGCAGUUCUUUAUGAUUUCAAGAAUACCCGAAUUGGAUGAAGAUAACGAUAUUGCACUCUUAAAUAAUAUUUUAGAAGCAACAAUGUUAUUUUGGCAUAUAGUUGGGUUUCACUGUCUUCAAGAUUGUACAAACUGUAAAAUUACACAACCAUGGCUUUAUUACACUACACUUCUAUGGGUUUCUUUUGGAUUCAUAAGCUUUAUAUUACCUCUUUUGGCUAUUGCAAUGCUACUGCUUUUACUUUCCUUUUUAAAACCAAAAUUAGAAUCUGUGGAAUACCAUGAAGGUUGUGAACUACCAAACGAUACCAAAAUGUGCACUAUCUGUUAUGAAGAAUAUAUAGGGGGAAUAAAAAUAAAGAUACUACCCUGUGAUCAUCAUUUUCAUGCAGAUUGUAUUGAUGAGUGGAUAAGCAUAAGAGAAAACUGCCCUUUAUGUAAAAAGAACAUUAAUAUUUUGUUUGAUAUAGUCGAAGGAGAUGAGACAAUAAGUAUUUAA